GAAGGACUUAAUUGUCUUUAUUGAAAAGGAUAAGGCUACUGUUGACAUUCAAAGUUCAAAAUGUAAAACAGAGCAGAAUACUUUAUUGCAAUUUAGGUCUUAGAAUUCUUAUUAGAAAUGUGAAUAACCAUAAACACCAUCAUCUACUUUAAAUUUAUCAAAAAGCCAUUUUUUUUCAUUAAUUGCAACCGUUUUGAGCUGCUCCGAUGUUGAAAAAAGAGCAGAAUACUGAUACACUUAAUUCCUCUUAUGGGUAGUUUUAGAAAGUUAAAAGUUUUGAUUAUAUGACAGAAAAGUUUCUGCAAUUUUGCAUUUUCUUGAGAUACCCAGAUCCCUCAAUUGAGUUUUCUUCCAUUCUGAGAGGUGGGUAAGCUAUGAAGCUCCUUAUGCAGCGAAAUUUCAUGGCCACACCUCCGAGAUCAUUCCGCAGGUCUUCUUUCUGCAACUCUGCUUUGAAAUGGGAAGGUGGUGUUUCUAUGGUGCAGGGAGCUUCAAGAGGAAUUGGGCUUGAAUUUGUCACACAACUGUUGGAGAAAAAAGACAAGGGGCACGUCAUAGCCACAUGUCGCAAUCCCAAUGGAGCAACAGCCCUUCUUGAUUUGAAAAGGAAGUUUGAUGAACGCCUUAGCAUACUACAGUUGGAUUUGACAAAUGAAAAUACCAUAGAGGCAUCUGCGAACUCCAUAAGAGAAAGAUAUGGAUCAUUGAACCUUCUAAUUAAUGCUUCUGGUAUUCUUUCGGUACCUGAUGUGUUGCAGCCAGAAACAACAUUGAGUAAAGUACAAAAGUCAUCUCUGCUGUUCGCUUAUGAGGUUAAUGCAGUGGGGCCCAUUUUAGUGAUCAAGCAUAUGUGGCCUCUUCUAAAAGUUGGAGGAGUCUCCGGAGCUGAAAAGGAUAUUGCAGUUGUGGCAAACGUAAGUGCAAGAGUAGGGUCCAUCGGAGACAAUCGGUUAGGGGGUUGGCAUUCAUAUCGGUCGUCAAAGGCAGCACUUAACCAGUUGACAAAAACUGUGUCAAUGGAGUUUGCACAGAAGAAAAAUCCAGUCAUUUGUAUUUUAUUGCACCCAGGAACAGUGGAUACAGAUCUCUCAAGGACAUUCCAGAGAAACGUUCCUGAAGGCAAACUCCUCACCAAGGAAUUCUCAGUGCAGAAGCUCUUAGGCAUCAUUGACAAUGUGAAGAGGAAUGACAAUGGAAAGUUCUUUGCUUGGGAUGGUCAGGAGAUUCCUUGGUAAUUUACAAUUUUUUUCUACCACUACAACAUAAUGUGGUUCUUUUAUUCCAUGGUUCCCAAUGCCUCGAAUUAUGAGUAAAAGUUACAUGGGUUUUUAUUUAUUUUUCAUCUUAUCAUGGUUUUUUCUUCUUUCUGCAACUAUUCCAUUGUAUCAUUCCCACUAGUAAAAGUUCCAUGGUGAAAGCAGGAUAAGAAAACUUUACAAGCUUGUAAAUAAGCUGAAGAGUAGAGUUCUAUUGGGUAUGUGUAACAAUGGAUCUCAUGAAGGGCUAGUUGAAGUA